AUACUAAUAAAAUAAUGCACAAAUUGUUUUUCAUCUCAUUUCUUUGACAUAUGGUUUUAUAACCCGGCCCAAACCUGUUACACAGGGCCCACCGGUCAGACACACCCACUCGCUGAUUCAAGGGGGCCACCACUCAGCUAUACUGCGGCUACCCAAGCUCCUGCGCCGGCUUCCUCUGCUCCACUCCACUGCCAUCCGCCCGCCGUGACAAGAAAGCAGAGCAGCUGCGUCGCCGACCGGCCAGCUCCAUCUCCGCGAUUCCUUCCAUGGCCGGCGGUGGAGGCGCUCGCCGCCGGCCGCGCGCGGCUGGAGGCCGUGAACGCGCUGCAGCACGAGUCCUGGGAGGCCCGCGACGUCCUCCUCCAGUGCCGCCUCCUCCAGGCGGAUGAGAACACGAGGAUGUGGGAGGCAACGUGCAUGGCCCAGCAGCCCUCCGGCGAUGACCGGAUGUUCGCCGAACCCCUAAAGAGUGAAAAUGAGGAUUUAAAAGAUUUCAUACAAGUCUUGGAGCUGGAGAACGAGGAGCUUAAGAUAAGAGUGAAGGAAAUUGAAAGUGGCGCAGGGCACUGCCUAAAUGCCGCAGGCCAUGAGCACAUUGCAGGAGAUCUAGAAGCAGUGCUAAGACGAUUGAACCAAGCUCAUGAGGCACUGAUUGCAGACAAGGAUAAGGAAAUUUCAGCACUGAUUGCAGACAAGGAUAAGGAAAUUUCAGCACUGAUUGCAGACAAGGACAAGGAAAUUUCUGCACUAAUUGCAGAAAAGGACCUCGUGCGAGAGCAGUUUACGACACUGGAGCGGGACUAUGCUGACCUUCGUAGCUACAGCAGUAAACAGGCAGCACAAGUUACUGAAGCAAAGCAAGAGCUUAAGCGGCUGCAAGUGGCAUCCCAGAAGAAGGAUGAUAAGAUUCACAAACCGCGAGCACGAGCAAAAGCAGUUGAAGCCAAAAGGAAGGUGCUUCCUGAGGAUAAGCGACAGGAGAUGACCUGUAUGCCCAAGGAGACAGAUGGGCAAACUGAAAAAUGCAAAGAUGGGCAGCUGAGACUAGUGAAAAGUGCAACAAGGAUACGAGUGAGACACACACAAAGAAUUGUUCACAAGGUCCUGGUUUAAGGGGGGAAGAAAUGAAAAUUUGUUCUUCUAAGCAAAUGCUAGCAAAAGAUGGGCAACCUCAGACUAGCCUGAAGCGCAAGUGCGUCACUUCCUCCUUACCAAAUUAUAAUGAGCAGAAUGCAAAUGAUGAGGAAAAGAGUAAUCAAGUUCUAGAGCCUCUCAACAAGAAGAGGGUACCAGAGAAAGGGGAAGUGGAGCAAGAUGACAGUAAGGUCAAACUCGCCAACGGUGAAAGCAAUCGGCCUGCCCAGCAGUCGAUGAACGACAUGCUCCUCAAGAUCCGUGCCGUGAAGGAUAGUUUGAGGGACAAACCUGGCAAGUUUGAGGAGUCGAUGAUAAACGCCGCGAUCCUCUACGUCCAUGCCGUGAAGGAUAGUUUCAGGGACAAACCUGACAAGUUUGGGGAAUUCUUGGCGCUCCUGCGCGGAGUCUAUAGCAAGAGGAUCGAUGCUCGAGCCUUCGCCAGCGCCUUGAAGGUCCUGUUCGACGGGCGCCCUGAACUCAUCCUUCAGUUCAAUACGUUCAUGACAUCGUAGUUCAAUACCAGACCGAGCUUAGGAAAGACGACAGGGCUGGUUUAAUGAAAUGUGGCCAUCAGUCCCGGCUAGCUAGGAGCAGAUGAACUGAUAACUGCUGCCACUUUUUUUGUAGACUGAUGAAGUUCCAGUCUUCCAUUUUGCUGGUCUUGCCGUGUGUGAAUUCGUUUCCGGAAGCUGAAAAAGUAACGUGUAAAUUAUCUAUUAGGACUCUCUGCCUAUUUUCCACUGUUUUCUCAACAUAAAAAUGAGGCUGCUUUUGAA